GGCAAGUCAAUGACUAUAAUUGUCAACAUAACCAAAAAUGCUUUUACGAAUCCUUCCUGCUCUAAGUUUCGCUUUGAUAGUGGGAGCUGUCCCAAAUCCCCAGCAAGCGAAACCAGGCGGACAACCUAAAUGCCGAUUCUCCCCCUGCUAUACUCAAGCACAAAUCUUGAAUGACCCAAAUCCUUUCAUUUCGGAUGUCCUUUACUGGGAAGGGAGAUUCCAUCAAAACAAUGUCAGCUACAACAGUUACAAUGGCAUGUCCUACGAUGGUACACUCCUCGACGAGUCUACUGGUCUUGCCACGGCAAAGCAUCCAUUUAGUGCUGCAAGCAAAGAAGCUCUUCAAAUAAUGCUCUACGCUCAUGCCAUGGUCGGAUCUCCUCAAGCUGCUCGAUUUUUGUCGCCUGACAACACUGGAGCAGCGCCGGACAUGGCGAUGAACAUCAUGGCAUUGAAGCUGAAGACGUAUUUGCGGUUCAACGAGACGUAUCCUGGGUUUGGAGGAUUUCUCCCCUGGUUUACUGGGGAUUCGAUGGAUAUUCAGCCGACUUGGGACUGGGUGAAUCGAGUGCCUGCUCUUGACAACGGAGAGCUCAUUUGGGCAGUGUACAGUGCUAUCCAGGCCAUGGAAACGAGCUCGAACCGCAAAUAUCAGAAUUUAGCCAGGCAAUGGCAAGCAUGGCUCGAUUACAUAAAGCUGACAGCAGCAAAAGUAUUCUAUGCAGGAAAUGGCGUCGUCUGUGCAGUCACAGAUAUUGGGGAUCAAUCCUUCCCCAUCAAUGACCCCCGACAGACGUACAAAUGUGAGGGAAGUGGGACCUUGAAUGAUCCAUAUGAAGGUGAACUCUUCACGUGGUGGCUGUACUUCUUUGGUGGCCUCUCGAGGAAGGACAAGGAUGUUUUGUGGAAGGUCAAAAGACCGCAGCUCGUAAGUGUUGAGUACAAAAUGGGAGGAGUGGGGCCGAUCACUGUCCAGAAAGGAUUCUGGUUCUCAGCCCACGAACAGUGGAAAGUGAUGGAAAUUCCGUACUACGACGUUGAUUUGGUGAAACGUCUAUUCACCAACGCCGAGAGAGCUCGCACUUGUAAUUCUGUUGUAACUAAGGUACCAGGGAUGUUUGCCUCGGUCAACAAUUCAACAGAUCCGACCACUGGGCAGAUCAUCGGGUACAUCUCAAACGCCGGCAUCCCUUCCAUUGCAAAUCAAACAGUUCAAGAAGUUGAUGUCAUCACACCGUACAGUGUAUUCCCAGUUGUUCUCAUAGACAACGCUGUGGGCAUGGUUUGGUGGAAGAAUAUGGCUGAUGGAAAGAAAAUGCAAAAUCCAUACGGUAGCAGUGAGUCGACCCGUGUUGAUGGCACAGCCAUGUCAUCAUUUGUGUCUUGGGACAGCAAAAUAACGACGGUAAAUGCAAUACUUGGCGGGGUCAGCGACCUCGUUCGCCAGAAAAUGAAAACUGACAGCAUAUAUAAUGAAUUCAUCUCAGUGACCCAGCGCGAGUAUGGAGCCGUCUUCAAGAAUCUCAAGGGCGAGAAUAUCGGUCUGUGCCUCCCAAGUAAGAAGGUCCCUGACAGAGGACUGGUAGACUAUACUCAGUGCCAAUAG